CUUUAUUUUUAAUUAAUUUAUCAAAAACUGAUGUAUUUAUAUUGAUUCUUUAAUCAAUCUAAUUAAUUCUAAAAGAAAUAUAUUUUGAUUAAAUAAAAUUAUUAACAAAUGAUAUAAAUAGAUAUACACAACAACGUAUAUGAACGUGUGUAUCCAUGUAUGCGCGCGUGCAUGCGUGCAUGCGUGCGUGCGUGUGUGUGUGUGUGUGUGUAUGUAAAACUGAAAAAGUAAUUAAGAAUGUGUAGUUUAAAUAAUGAGUUGCAAACCAUAUACACAUACAUAUGUAUGGUCUGUCUGUCUGUCUGUGUAUGUAUGUGUAAUUGAUAGAGAUUACCAAUUAAUCCUCAACAAAUACAUGUUUUGUUAAUUUGAUAGUCUUUAGUGGAAAGUCUUUAAUUUAAAAAAAUUGAUUAAAGAUGUGAAGAAAUAACUUUUGAGAUCCCGCCUUUUCCUCACAACUUAUCUGCAUUAAGAAGCAAAUGUAUAUAUUCCACUCGAGUACCCUUUUGAAUAGUAUAUAAUUCCUCAAUUAUUACCGUACAUGUUUUAGCUUGUAUUCCAUGAAAAUUUUAAAUUUAAAAAAAUUACUCAAAAAGCUAUUUUUAUACAGACAUUACACAUUCCAAUAAUUGUAUCUUGAUAGUUUUGUAUCAUUAUUAUCGUUAUUAAUAUCAUGAUUUCCUUGUUAUCAAUUGAUUACACUGUACGUGUUACACUGUAAUAUAUAUUUACAUAGAUCAUAAUAUUACAUAAAAUCUCUCACAAUAGUGUACAAUAAAAUUUAUAUGUAGCAUUUCUCACAUCAUUUUCGAAAUUAUAUUCAGAUUCUUAAUUAUCUAUUUUUUUCUGAUAUUCCAUCAGCAUGUGGUUUUGAUUAUGACGUUUGUGGCAUGCAUGCCUUUUAAUUUAAUAUUUAGAAAAUCUGCGAAAAUAUAUACACAACCAAUUUUGCAAUGUAGAACAGGCACUUAUGCCACUUAUGUUUGUAUCGACAACAAUGCGAGAGAUUCUUUGAGAUUUUAAAUGUGAACAUUUUGACGUGAAUUUUGUAAUUUUCUUUCACAGACGAUCACUUAAUAUAUUAAUUUGUAGCAAAUAAAAUGUUAAGAUUUUUCUUUUUCACUGUACAUGUUUAACAAGUCACAGCUUGACUGUGUUAAAGAAUAAAAUGUAUUUUUAUUCAUACGUAUGUCAUGUAUUUCACAUAUAAAAUUUGUAAAUAUUUAUACCUAUGAUUUCUCCACUGAAAUAAUACAACCGGAACGUGUGCAAGCGCCAGUGUCGCGAUCCAGUAAAGAGGGUUCUUCUUUAACCCGAUGGUUUUCUGUUCUUCUCAGGACACAGUACCACGACUUCACAGAAUGUUGGAGUAACAAUCAUGGAGAUCUGCGCGAACGUGUCGGAACAACCGCAUCACGUAUCCAGAGUGAAACGAGGGCAAGCGAUUGGCAGUAUUCGGGGCUUUCGAGGUUGCACGGUAUGGUUGACUGGUCUCUCUGGUGCUGGCAAGACAUCCAUCGCAUUCCAGAUGGAAGCCAUCUUGGUGAACCAUGCAAACAAGAUAGGAAAGAAAACAUUCAAAGAGUGGCUGAAGUAGCAAAGCUCUUUGCUGAUAGUGGACAAAUUUGUCUCUGCAGCUUUGUAUCACCGUUCGAAGAGGAUAGACAAAUGGCAAGGCAGAUUCAUAAAGAAGCUGACUUGCUCUUCUUCGAGGUGUUCGUAGAUACACCCUUGCACAUUUGCGAAGCUCGCGACACUAAAGGCCUUUACAAGAAAGCGCGACAGGGUACUAUUAAAGGUUUCACCGGUAUCGAUCAAACGUACGAGAGGCCCACGAAACCUGAUUUAAUAGUCAAGACUGAGAAUUGCACUCCUGAAGAGUCGGCCUCGACUGUAAUUGAACUUUUAGAGAAGCACCACAUCAUUCCACAGCUUGGAAAAUCGUCAGAUCUAAUCAAGGAGCUCUUUGUACCGGAUUCUAGGCUAACUGCCACGAAAAUGGAAGCGGAAACUCUGCAGGACAUGGAAAUCGAUCAAUUGGACGUACAAUGGUUGCAAGUGCUUGCGGAAGGUUGGGCGGCACCUUUGACUGGAUUUAUGCGGGAACAUGAAUAUCUUCAGGCCCAACACUUGCGGUGUUUGCUCAAAAACGGCAAAGAGGUGAACCAAUCAAUACCAAUUGUUCUCGCGAUAAGCACGCGUGAUAAGAAUCGCUUAGAAAACUCUCUCGCUGUAACCUUGAGGCAUAAGGAGAAAGCUUUGGCCAUCCUACGAAGACCAGAAUUUUAUUUCCAUCGAAAAGAAGAACGUUGCAGUUGGCAGUUUGGGACUAAUAACAUAGGACAUCCCUAUGUUAGAAUGAUUUAUGAUUCUGGUGAUUGGCUGAUGGGCGGCGAUCUCGAAGUAUUGGAGAGAAUUAAAUGGCACGAUGGGCUCGACAAGUACAGGCUCACUCCAAAUGAGAUCCAUGCCAAAUGUCGGAAAAUGAAGGCUGACGCUGUAUUUGCCUUCCAACUAAGAAAUCCUAUUCACAAUGGACAUGUGCUGCUUAUGCAGGAUACAAAGAGACGAUUGUUGGAGGAGCGUGGUUUCAAAAACCCUGUGCUGCUGCUGCAUCCACUAGGUGGCUGGACGAAAGAAGAUGAUGUGUCCCUGUACACCAGGAUCCUGCAGCAUAAAGCCGUUCUGGACGACGGUGUGCUGGAUGCUAAUUCUACGUUAUUAGCCAUCUUUCCCAGCCCGAUGAUGUAUGCUGGACCAAUCGAGGUGCAAUGGCACGCAAAAGCUAGGAUGAACGCUGGCGCCAAUUUCUACAUUGUAGGUAGGGAUCCUGCUGGUAUACCACAUCCAAACAAGGAUGCCACGCCUGACGGCAAUCUGUAUGAUCCCACUCACGGUGCAAGGGUACUUUCCAUGGCCCGAGGCCUUCAUAAUCUCGAGAUUAUUCCCUUCAUAGUCGCUGCAUAUGACAAGCGGAAUGGUAAGAUGGCGUUCUUCGAACCCGAACGGAAGCAAGACUUUGAAUUUAUUUCGGGAACAAAAAUGCGAGGAUUAGCAAAGAUUGGUCAAAGUCCCCCAGAUGGUUUCAUGGCACCUAAAGCAUGGCAAGUACUCGUGCAAUACUAUCAAAAUCUCGACAAGAAUUAAAUUUUAACUCACUAACAAGUAACAAAUGUUUAAUUUAUAAACAAUUUUAAGUGGACUUUAAUAAACUUUAAUUUGAGUUUUAA